AUGCUGGCCUCUCUGCUGCUCUGUUGUGCCAUCUCUUUGCUCCGCCCCUCCUUUGCUUUGGUUCAUGGGAACUUGCAGCUGGAUGAAGGCCCGGCCUCUGCUCGCCUCGUUGACUCAUCCUUUCUGUCAGAUGUCGAAAGAGGCCACGCCCCUCCUCCUGUGCAGGAGCCUGGCCUCCUCCCUGUGGACUCUGUGGAGGAUCAUUUCCUGAUGGAUGCUGGAUCCUAUGAUGAGGACUCGUCGGCAGCCUUGCAGCUGCAGGGUCGCACCAUGCGCUCACCACGUCGCUGCAUCCCCCACCAGCAGUCAUGUCUCGGCUACCCACUGCCCUGUUGUGACCCAUGUGACACCUGUUACUGCCGCUUCUUCAACGCCAUCUGCUACUGCCGCCGCGUUGGCCAUGGCUGCGCCCCCCGACGUACCUGA